AUGGACAACACGUCCAUGGGGUCCUCCACGGCCCAGAAAACCCACAAUCUUUUUCAGGUCUAUCUGCGCCUGAGACCUCCUCAGGCUGGUGCGACAACGACUGAGCGAUUCAUCACUGUCGAGCCUCCGCCAGCCGACGCUCCUUCGACAGCGCCGACCCACAUCACCCUGAAUCCCCCAAACGACCGGAGACGCGCCGUCGAGAAGUUUGCCUUCACGCAGGUCUUCACCGAGGACGCUACCCAGCUCGAUGUCUUCCACUGUACCAACGUCGUGCCCCUCGUUGAGGGUGUCUUGGCACCACAUGGAGGCGAUGGCACUGAUGCACUUCUCGCAACGCUGGGAGUCACGGGGUCUGGCAAGAAGCGGCGGGUCCCCGUCGAAGACACGGACAUGUUCCAUACGACAGACCACAACGGCGCAAAACACAAGCUUAAUGUUCUUGCUGGGCGCGGCCUGACUCAGUUGUCUUUGGAUGUGAUCUUCCGAUCCAUUGGCAAGAACCUUGUGGAUAUCGACAUGAACCCCACAACUGAAGCAUCCAUCAAGGCAUCAGAUGCCUCCGAGGCAACCAUAUCCAGCGCAUCCACAUUUAUUGAGGCCGUCUAUGGAGACACUUCAGGGGCUCCGCGGCCCUCCUCGCGCGCACAAACACCUCUUAGAGGACUAUACCGCGUCUUCUCCAGUCGCCGGCCCCUCCAGGUGUGCGUUGCAAAUGUCAACACCCCAUACAAAUCUCCUUCAAAGCAUUACAUGGGCGCCACUGCCUCCGCUCGUCACAAGAAGAGAAAUGCUAAACCUUUCAACCUUAAGGGUGAAUCAGUUCCGCCGACGCCACGACGGCUCCUGAACCGACCUGUGGCUUUGCCGCAGGUUCCUGAUAUUAGCACUGUCAACGUUUCAUCUGAUCCCGCAGCAGAAUAUCUGGUGUUGGUUUCGAUGUACGAGGUCUACAAUGACCGCAUCUUUGAUCUCUUAACUCCCCCAGUCAAAUCAGCCGCCACUAAAGAGUUUCGGCGGAGGCCUCUGAUAUUCAAGUCCACCGAACAAUCACCUGACCGGAAGUUGGUGGCUGGUCUGCGCAAGAUUAUCUGUAGUAGCCUGAACCAGGCACUUAUGGUUCUCGAGGCUGGGCUACAUGAGCGACGAGUCGCUGGAACUGGCAGCAAUAGUGCUAGCUCACGCAGCCACGGCUUCUUUAGCGUCGAGAUUAAGAAGCGACCCAGGUCCAGCAGCAAGCGGCACGAGUAUCCUUGGGCAGGGAGCACGCUGACAGUAGUGGACCUUGCUGGGAGUGAAAGGGCCCGAGAUGCAAAGACGGCCGGAGCGACACUUGCUGAGGCCGGGAAGAUCAAUGAGAGCCUGAUGUACCUCGGCCAGUGCCUGCAGAUGCAAAGUGACGUUGGAAGCAACAGCAAGCCCGGUGUCGUGCCAUUCCGGCAAUGCAAACUUACUGAGCUGUUGUUCUCAAACUCGUUUCCGUCUCCGUCUUCUCUCAGUCAAUCGCAAUCCAUCCGCCGAAACCCACAAAAGGCUGUAAUGAUUGUGACCGCAGAUCCGCACGGUGACUUCAAUGCGACAUCACAAAUCCUCCGAUACAGCGCCCUCGCCCGAGAAGUCACUGUCCCACGCAUACCCUCCAUAACGGAGACAAUCCUGCAGGCAAAUACUGCGCAUGCCUACCCUCAAGGUCAGGUUAUUCACAGAAACUCUAAUCAAGCCCACUCAUGUUCAAGCCCAAUUACGUCUCCGGUCCUGCAGUAUCAGCGAUCACCGUUCUUCCCGCCGGGGCCCACAAGCCCGAACCUGCAUCGGACUCUCACACCACACAGCGUUAUGCCGUCUGAAGACCGUGUUACUAUGGAGAACGCGGCUCUGGAGAUCGCACGGCUUGCUGAAGAGGCCAAUCACCUUCGCGAGUCGCUGGCUCGUGAGCAAGAGGCCCGAGAAACGGCGGAGGCUCAUCUUCUGACAAUGGAGGACAAAAUGUUGGAGCUAGAACAGGCAGUGCGCGAAGACUGCGUUGCAGAAUUUGAGCAGCGGCUCGCUGUGGAGCUAUCAAGGUGGAAGGCAGCCAUGCAGAUGGCAAUUGAGAGGGGCGAGGAGCACUGGGAUCGGAAGUUGGAAGUGUUCGAAAGGACCCAGAUGAUUGCAGCUGAGGCGAGCGAGGAUGAUUGUGUCGUCAACAAAGAAAACCUUUUGGUCGAAAACCUGGAAGAGGAGAACGCACGAUUACGCCGCGAAGUCACAAUCCUCAAGAGAGAGCUUGCCGGGCGUACUCCCAGUAAGAGAACCCCGCUGGCUGAGAGGGAGGACAUCACAACAAGCACGAAUAGCAGUCCUCGACAGGCGCUGGCGACCCGCGUCAGCCGAAACAUCAAUGAGAACAUCCAUCCGGAAAAUCUGCAGCGCCGGAUGGAGAGCCUGAGCCUGAAAGAAGGCCAGGAAGACCUCAGGAGGGUUGCGAGUGCCAACAACAGUCGGGCAAAUAGCAGAAGCCGGGCGGACGCAGGUGGCAGUCCGGUGAAGCGGGUCCGAUCUCGAAAGUUGACAGCGCGGAAGUGGGAGGGUGUAAUGGACGACGAGGAUGAUGUCUUCUGA